CGCCGGCAUGAUGGCCCAGUCCAAAGCCAACGGCUCCCACUACGCGCUGACCGCCAUCGGCCUGGGGAUGCUGGUCCUUGGGGUCAUCAUGGCCAUGUGGAACCUGGUGCCCGGGUUCAGCUCUGCCGACAAGCCCACGGCUCAGGGCAACAAGACCGAGGUAGGCAGCGGCAUUCUCAAGAGCAAGUCCUUCUCCGUGGCCUACGUGCUGGUCGGGGCCGGCGUGAUGCUGCUGCUGCUGUCCAUCUGCCUGAGCAUCCGGGACAAGAGGAAGCAACGGCAGACCGAGGAUGAGAUAGCCCGCAUCCAGCAGCAGGCGGCCGCCCAGCCGCACGCCCAGGAGGAGGACAGCCAGGAGGAAGAGGAGGAGGCCUCCUCCAGGUACUACGUCCCCAGCUACGAGGAGGUGAUGAACACCAACUACUCAGAAGCCAGGGAAGCGGGCCAGGACCCGAGGAUGACCGUGUCCCUCCCCUCCUACGAGUCACUGACAGGACUCGACGAGACCACCCCCACUGGCCCCAGAGCCAACGCGGAGCCCGGCCCAGGGCACGCCCCUGACAGACAGAACUCCAGGUUGGCCAAACACCUGAAGCCGCUCAAGGUCCGGAGGAUCAAAUCGGAAAAGCUGCACCUCAAGGACUUCCGGAUCAGCCUCCCGGACAAAAACGUGCCCCCACCCUCCAUCGAGCCCCUCACCCCUCCACCCCAGUACGACGAGGUCCACGACAAGCUGCCCGACGCCCGGCCACCUGACUGA